AUGUACCGUUAUGGCAGAGUUCAUACCGCAGAGGAGUUCCAACUUCUGCAAGAUUGUUUUGGUUUCUUACCGGAGCACGGUAUGACGAUUCCGGUGAAGGGUUCAUCAAACUAUGAUUGUCCUCAAGGGAAAGUAGGGGUUUUGAUUCCUCUAUUCAAAGCGGAGUUUUCCUGCCGAUGUGCGAAAGCUGAGAUUUCCUUGGAGAUGACCCCGCAUGGUCACCAUCGGGAAGAGGGAAAUACUGGUUCUAGCAUACCUGCCUUGCCUUCCCAGCCGACUGUUAGGGUCGUUUCCCCAAUUCGACUUCCAGCUUCCGAUUCUUCCGAUUUGCAUGCGAGGGCACAAGCAGGAAAAGGUACUUCCCAUAUUCGUAAAAGACAAAGUUUGUUCAUGGUGUCAUCGUCAGACGAGGAGACUGAAUCCGAUGAUGCGGGCCUCCAUCCUCGUAAGAUGCAUAAAACUAUGUUCGUGGCCAAGCUUCUUAUCGUACAUUCAGGAGUUCAUGGCGAACUCGUCAUACCGUAA